AUGGCCAAUUGUUUGCUGGCAAGCCGUUUCUUUGAUGACGAUAGCGUUACCGUCGGCAUCAACUGGGCACAUAACUUCAUCAAGCGUACAAAAGUACUCCGCCAACAAAGGGCAGAUGACCCCCUACCCGAUCCUGGCCAGCGACUUAAACAGCUUGAGAAAGAUAUGCCUCAGCUUCUUAAAAUUCUCGAACAAGUGGACAAAAGGUCCAACAAAAUCUUCUCCGACUUAAUCCUCUCAGAAGCCGAAGUUCAGUCCCGACUCAAAUCGAUCAGGCGUAAACGCCAAUGCCCAUCAAGUUCCCCAGUCGACCUUAUGCAGCAAAAUCAACAGCUUGCUAAAACCGUCGAGUUGGCAAAGUGUUCCCUUGCCGAAGACCAGACCCUCAGCAAGUCGGCCAGAAAUAAACAACAACGCUCAUAUGACCGCGCAGACGACUUUAUCCAGCAUACACAACAGUUUGCUGAAGGUUUCCAACGAGUCCUGUCCCAAUUACAGUUUAUUGUCGCCGAAAACCAACUUCGAGAUGCUGAGAACGCGCGAUCCGUGCUCGAAGAGCAAGAGCAAGUAGCACCGGAUAGUCAAUCGCCCGACGAGGAUGAAUUAACCGUCGAGGAUAUGCUGGCCCGGCGACAACUUGAGGGGGAAAUUAAUAUGGCUACGCCUGCGACAGCUUCGCCAACAAUUCGCGGGCCAGGACAACGGCAAUCUUGUGGCAAGUGCCGCAAACCAGGGCAUAAACGUAAUAGAUGCCCGCUUAAUCGUGACGAUAGUAGUAACUAA